UCCGCUCGCCUGCUGACUCCAGGCUCAGUGAAGACGCCCUUAGCAACAACACACAGCUGCGUCGAAUAAGAUACUCGUACCGCAGAGAAGACGGAUUAAACACCGCCGCUUUAUUGCACUGAAUACAGGUGAAGCUUUCCUAAGAAGACGAUGCCCCCGGUUGUUUCUGCAGUCAGCAUGGGGCUUGAGUACAGCUAGUUAGCUAGCCUAUUUUUGGCUAGCCAUCCCCGAAGACGAGCGAAGCAGCCCCAAGCUGUCCCGAAGGAGGACAAAAUCCUGGGGGGAGGAGGGGGGAGUGCAACGAGUGCUAGCAUCGCUGUUUGCUAACCGGGAAUAAGCACGGGAAUGGUGCUCUGGAUCGACUCACUGCACCGACAGAGAAAGGCGAGGGGCUCCCGGGUCAGACCACCGAGCUGUAACAUUUGGACUCAAACUAUUUUUAACAGAGGGAGCGGCUCUCCGGCGGACGAGGGUUUCUGUGGCUGUGCGAGCUAGCUGGCUAGCUAACUGAGGGAAACGACCCCCACCGCCUGCUCAGGUUUUUCAAAACUGUAGCCAAGGCUAAUGUUAGCCGGGGCACACUGAAUACACAACUGUGUGGGGUUUAAAAACAAUAAUACUUACAGUCGAAGACAAGAAGACAAGAGGGCUCUAAUCACAAGGAGAGAAUAACUUGAGUUAACGUUAGUUCAAUCGAAACCACAACUCAACUUUUUUUUUUUUUUUAUUGUUAUUUUAAUUUUAGCAAACACUUUAUAAAUGCUGUUAGCACAGUUUGCAACGUGACUCUAGUUUGAAUCUUUUUGUUUGACACUUUUUUCCCCACUUCGGAUGCUGGCAUCACAUUUUAAUCGCAAUCAUGAUGAUAAUCAGCAGAAAACCAGAGGGCCCAAUAGCAACAGCACGGCAUGGCGAUGGUCUGUAUGACUCGUACAUGAGGACAGACCACAUCCUUAAAGACGAAGCAGAUACAAAAAGUCCGUCUGGGCUGCCCCCCAUGCCCAAACACACAGUUGUCAGUAACAAGACUGUGAUGAGGGAUCAGGUAACUGUGCGAGGUGGCCAGCUGAAGGUCAAGUACCUGUACGAAGACUCCACCAACAACCGAAAGAUCAAUGCCAUAACCACACCAACCACUCAGAACAGUGGGACCACUGGUCAGACGCCGAGUAAACCUGCCCCGGUCUCCAGCUUAUCCAAGGAGCGCAGUGUAGACAGCACUGAAUCCAGUAAGGGCUCCAGUGAAUCCUCAGGCCCACACGGAGUUGGGAAUGGAGGGAACAGUGGGAAGCUGUGUGGCCCUCUCACCCCUGACCAGGCUCUGAGACUAUAUCGAUCUCAGCUGACCACCCUGGAGCAGACCGAGAUCCACUCCUACCCAGACAUCUACUUUGUGGGACCCAACGCUAAGAAGAGGCCUGCUGUUGCUGGAGGCAACAACAACUGUGGCUACGAUGACGAGCAGGGAGGAUACAUUCAUGCCCCCCAUGACCACCUGGCCUACCGCUACGAGUUCCUCAAGAUUAUUGGUAAAGGUAGCUUUGGCCAGGUGGCGAAGGUUUACGACCACAAACUGCAGCAGCAUCUGGCUUUGAAAAUGGUGCGCAACGAGAAGCGCUUUCACCGGCAGGCGCAGGAGGAGAUCCGCAUCCUGGAGCACCUGCGCAAGCAGGAUCGCAAUGGCACCAUGAAUGUCGUGCAUAUGCUUGAAAACUUCACUUUCCGCAACCACAUCUGCAUGACCUUUGAGCUGCUGAGCAUGAACUUGUAUGAGCUUAUCAAGCGCAACAAGUUCCAGGGCUUCAGCCUGCCACUGGUCAGAAAGUUUGCACACUCCAUCCUGCAGUGCCUGGAGGCCCUGAACAGGCAUAGAAUCAUCCACUGUGACCUCAAGCCAGAGAACAUCCUGCUCAAACAACAGGGACGCAGCGGCAUCAAGGUGAUUGACUUUGGCUCCAGCUGUUUUGAACACCAGCGAGUGUACACCUACAUACAGUCCCGUUUCUAUCGAGCUCCAGAGGUGAUCCUCGGUUCACGCUACGGCCUUCCUAUUGAUAUGUGGAGCUUUGGCUGCAUACUGGCUGAGCUGCUGACUGGCUACCCACUAUUCCCUGGCGAGGACGAGGGCGACCAGCUGGCCUGUGUCAUGGAGCUCCUGGGCAUGCCUCCGCAGAAGGUCCUGGAGCAGGCCAAAAGGGCAAAGAACUUCAUCAACUCCAAGGGCCACCCUCGCUACUGCGGAGCCAACACCCUGCCCACAGGGGCCACUGUACUGACGGGGUCUCGCUCCCGCCGUGGCAAGAUGAGAGGUCCUCCAGGUAGCAAGGAGUGGAGCGCUGCGCUCAAGGGCUGCGAGGACCCCACCUUUACUGACUUCAUAAAGAAGUGUUUGGACUGGGAUCCCUCGUCUCGUCUCACCCCUAGCCUGGCCCUCAGACACCCUUGGCUGUAUCGGCGCCUACCCAAGCCCCUACCUGGGACUGAUAAGAGCCAAGGGGCGACAGUGAAACGGCUCCCCGAACACCACAGCACCUCCUUCCCCUCUAUCCUGGCCAAAGGGGGGCCUGGCUUAGGCACCACAGCUGCCAACAACAAACUGAGGAGCAACAUGAUGGGAGACUCUGGGGAGGCCAUACCGCUUCGCACGGUCCUACCCAAACUUGUCUCUUAGAGGGGGGAGAGAGAGAGAGAGAGAGAGAGAGACCGAUAUCUCCUCUCUCCUUCCACUUCUUCUUCCUCUGAACUCCUCGGGAGGAGUCACAGUGCAGGAGAAAGUGGAGCCUAGGUUUUAAAACUCGUUUGGUUGUUCUUUUAUUUGUUUUCUACUGAGAGGUGUCGACACCCCAGUUCCUGGUUUUUAAUAUUAGCUGAACAGAGAGAGAGAGAGAGAGACAGACAGACAAUAAAAGAAACACUCUAAAAAAAGUUUUUAUACAGAGGAUUUCCUUGAGAGGCUGUGGAAUUUCUAUAUACCGCCAUUCAUGAGGUUUGAUUUAGAUAAUGCUUUUUAAAAACUUCCUCGUGUGAGUGGACAGCUUCGUAAAUGAGCAAAUGUUUUUAACCUGUGUGUGUUCUCAUGUGAGUGAUGUGUUUUGUUUUUUUAGUAAAACACACUCAAGCACACCUGCACUGUCACUUGCCUCACUUCACACUCUUUCUUAACGCUCGGAGGACGCUGCCCUUUCUCGGUACGUGUUUUUACGAGUGAAACUUGAAAAGGGCUACAGAGAUUACUCUUAUCAGGUUAGAGUUUGCAAGCAAAGGUUUGUUCAGCCAACAUAAUUUAAUAGGAAAAAAUGAAUCACGCUCUAGUGUUUGGGCCCUGCACACACUGACAGUUAUUCCUCAUAUCUACAACAUGAAGGCCUUCAAACAGGGAUCGGCAUUACGUAGUGACUAAUAAGGAACACAUUUUUUUUUAGCAAUAAGUCUUCACUUCUUUGUCUUUUCUAAUGGCGACCUUUUUCUACCUUUCCUGAGCCCUUGGUGCUUGCAUGUCAGCUCAAUAUGUGACGUUAGUAUGUGUGUGUGCUUUAGCUCCGUGGUGCUACUGUGGGAGACAUUAAGAGGGCGUAGGACAACCUAUUUACAGCCCCUUCCUCCUCCGAACUCCCCCAUUUGAGUGAAAAGAGUGAGGAGGUCGGCGGGGGGGGCGUAGCGCCACUCGAACUGUCACAAAGGUGUCACCGUCACACUCGGUAUUUCACAAAGUGGUUUGUGUGAGACUGCUGUGUGAGGCUGGCUCACAUAAACGGAUAUAUAUGGAGGGAGAGAGAAAGAGGGAGAGAAGGAGAGCUGCAAGUCAUUGCACAUGCCACACACACACACACACACACACACACACACACACACACACACACCUGUGGGGUGGAAAGUUGGCUUUGGAAAGUAAAAGUUAGUAUGAAUGUCACCUGUUCAUGCCCCUAAUUGGCCGCUGCGAUUGCUGGCAGUGGCGCAUUAAUCCUAAUGGAUGAAGAGUGCAAGGUGAGAGAGAUCAUGGGAUAAAACGAAGGGCAGUAUGUUUAAUAUGAGCCAAGUUAUGUUUUUUUUUUUCUUUCAGGGGGAGGUGUGGAAUUGUUGACAGGACAGGCCAGUGACAAAGGAGGGUUUUUUUUAUGGUACUGAAGAAAGAAGUGUUUCUCAGGGAGACAUACUUGAUACAUCCCUUAAUCUUAUAUUAACCGUGUUCCACUUACAGUCCUCUGUCCCGAGUAUGGAUGAAUAUGCAUGCAGUUCUGUCCACUGAGAGCGAGAGAAUGCAUAUAGAGUGUUUCCACGAAGGGGGUCUGCAUGCUCCACAAUCUGACCUAGAUUCUGUCUCCUCCCCCCCACCAUCUCCCUCUCGUUUUCUCUCACUGUCUCAUGUAGGGCAGGGAACCUCUUAAACUCACACACACACACACACACACACACACACACACACACACACACACAUAUAUAUAUAUAUAUAUAUCAGUGAAUUAUGGUGCUGUCCAAAACACACACACAGAGAACACGUCAGGUGCAUGUUGUAUGGACCACACCGCUCAAAGAGUUCUUUCUCUCGUCCCUAGUUUCCCCAAGUGAAAAUGUCAGGGAUUUCUACUCUGUCUCCAUUUUUUUUAAUAGAAGUGGUUUCUAUUGCUAUUCAGUCCAGAAUAUCAGAGGAUGUAAAAUGCAAAAGCAGAAAAAGAAAGUUGUAUACUGUCAUGUUGUACUAGUGGUGUGCGUUAGUAGGAGGGUGUUUGGUGUUCCAGCAUGAAAUCACAACCUGUUAUCAGACUGAGUGACUAUGAGAAGAGAAACUGUACAGUAACCAAAUGAAGUUGUGAUAGUUUCUUUUUCUAAAGAAAAUAAAAAUGAUUAUUAACUGAAA